CAAUAAGAACCAUCAAGAAUCAAGGGCAAGAAUUAAGGAUUAGUAUUUUAUAUUGUGUAUCGGUUAAGUCAGUUAAAUCACUAAGAAAACAAAACACUAUUUGAUUAAAACCGUUGUAUACUUUCAUGUUAGAAAUGGCGUCCAAUGCCGUGCCGAGCAAAUAUAAACAGAAGUUUUUAGAUAAAUAUUUGGAAUUGGUUAACGCUAUCAGGAUACAACACUUUAUGGAAUAUAGUAACAUCGAUAAAACUGAAAAUCUGUUUUCGGUUUUUAAAAUGGGUCUUCUAGAUAACAUUCUUUCACAUUUCAAUAAAAUAUGGGAUUGCAUCGAUACAGAUGAACAUUUACAAGUACUGGAAGUCCUAGAAGCCGAUCCCAGAAAUGACUCUGUCAAAAAAUGGCGUCCCACUGGAAAAUCUGCAGAGGAGCAGGUUCGUCCUUUAGUGGUUAAUAAAUUGAAGUGGCAAAUAAAAUAUUACAAAUCACAAAUUCAGUUUCAGAAAGAGCAAUUGGAGUGUGCUGUUGCAAAAACAGAAGCCGGACGUAAGCGUCUCGCCGAUGCCACAGCGCGAAAGGAGGCUAUCACGGCUGCCGUAACCAGCGAGCUCAAGGAUUUCAAACGCAUUGAAGCACAAAUAAUGGAUAUCGACACAAAAAUAAACAACGAUUUACAAGCAUAAGUUUACAUAACAGAAUAAUUAUUAUGCAUAAAUCUUAUUUGGUUUAUUGUAAUUAAUAACAGGGGUUCUAUUUACAUUUGUGAGUGAAUCAGUUGUGCGAUGAGCGGAGCAGUAGAAUAAGUUUUUGUUAAUAAAUACAUAUAUCUGUCAACA